GGACAGGUGGAAGCUCCGGUUUAACGAGCCGCUGUUGUUCUCAAUACAAAGAGAAGGGAGCCGGGGAAACACUUUACAUUCACACUAAGAGAAAAACGUGAACUCUUUCCCGUGAAUUCAAACAUUAUCCGCGAAAUAAAAGAAAUAAUUAUCAGCGGUUUUUGUGUGAAAAAUGUUCGACCGAAGAGAGAAAAAUUCAUCAGUAACUGCGCAGUCAUAGUUUAAUGGGAGCGGUGACCUGAGCAGAUAUGGCAGCUGACGACAAGGUUGCCAUCCUGACGGACGACGAGGAGGAGCAGAAGAGGAAGUAUGUAUUGGCCGAGCCGUUUAACACCCUGUCGAUGGAGCGGCAGGUGGGCGUCACCACAACGCCUGCGCCCACCACCGACACGCCGCCCGAACAGGCCCUGGCCUCGCAGCCCGACUCCAUCAACUGCUGCCAGAGGAUGUGCCUCCGCAUCAACAGCCACCUCCUCAUCUCCAAAAUCUUCUACUUCUUCUUCUACGCUGCCUACGGCUCACUGCACCCUCUGCUGGCCGUGUACUACAAGCAGCUCGGCAUGUCGGCCAGUCGCAGCGGGCUGCUCGUCGGCAUCCGCUACUUCAUUGAGUUCUGCAGCGCCCCCUUCUGGGGGGUGGUGGCUGACCGCUUCAAGAAAGGGAAGGCGGUCCUGCUGUUCUCUGUCUUCUGCUGGCUGGUGUUCAACAGCGGCAUCGGCUUCGUCAAACCAGCUGAGAUGAAAUGCGAGGAGAAAGGUGCUUCUCCCACAACUACGGUGACGCCGGUGAUGACGACUCUCCCUGACAGUAACGUCACAAAUCUGAACAACUCCACCAACCACACCAGGAGACGCCGGAGCUUUCUAGACCUCACUGGGCUUCCUGAACUCCCGCACUUCAGCUUGUUCCACAGGCGUGUACGAAGAGCUGACGCCACCACGACAUCACCACCCCUCAUGCCAGAUAACACCACACAGCUCGCACCUAAUACCUCCCAACCCACCACCACCUCCACCUCCACCACCACCACCACCACCACCACCACCACCUCUGCUGCUCCAACCAAAGCCAAGGAGUACCAGAUCAUCUACAACGAGGACCAGGUGGAGACCAUCUUCCUGCUCAUCCUGCUCGUCAUCAUCGUGGGCGAGUUCUUCAGCGCCCCGGCCGUUACCAUCGUGGACACCGUCACCCUGCAGUACCUCGGUAAAGCCCGCGACCGCUACGGCCUGCAGAGGAUGUGGGGCUCCCUGGGCUGGGGUCUGGCCAUGCUGCUGGUGGGCAUCUGGAUCGACCACACGCACAUCACCGUCGUGAUCGAUGGCGUUGGCUGCAUCCUGCCCGACUUCCGCCUCCACAACUACCAGAUCGCCUUCAUCGUCUUUGGCGUGCUGAUGGCCUUGGCGUUUGUUGUUGCCACUCAGUUCUACUUUGAGAAAGGCGGCGACUACCAGCAGGAGCUUCCAGAGGGCGUGGUGGAGCAGACCAACAGCCCGAGGUCGAUAACGGACUCCAGCUCCUCGGACCAGACUCCCAUCAGCCCCAGCGCCUCGCAGGAGUUCCACUACAGCGAUCUCCUGAAGCUUCUCUGCAGCGUGCGCUACAGCUCCGUGCUUUUCGUCGCCUGGUUCAUGGGCUUCGGCUACGGCUUCGUCUUCAGCUUCCUCUACUGGCACCUGGAGGACCUGAAGGGGACGACCACGCUGUUCGGCGUCUGCUCCGUCCUGAGCCACGUCUCUGAGCUCGCCGCUUACUUCACCAGCCACAAGUUCAUCGAGCUGGUCGGACACGUCAGAGUGCUGUACAUCGGCCUGGCCUGCAACACGGCUCGUUACCUGUACAUCUCCUACCUGCAGAACGCCUGGACCGUCCUGCCCAUGGAGGUCCUUCAAGGUGUGACCCACGCCUCAGUUUGGGCAGCUUGCAUCUCCUUCCUGAGCGCCGCCGUCCCCCCUGCGCUGAGGACGUCAGCGCAGGGGAUUCUGCAGGGCCUUCACCUGGGUCUGGGCCGCGGCUGUGGAGCCAUGGUGGGGGGAGUGUUCGUCAGUUAUUUUGGUGCUGCAGCGACGUUCAGAGGAAUCGGCAUGGCCUCCCUCGUCAUCCUCCUCAUCUUCGCCUUCAUCCAGUGUUUGUCUGGAGAGGCUGAAGACAAAGAGGAUAAAAUUUUAGCUGAGAACAUCCCGGUCCCCUCCAGCCCGGUUCCCAUCGCCACCAUCGAUCUGGUGCAGAGUCAGAACGCCGCCGGCAGCCUUUCUCCGGUCCGACAGGCCGCCGUCUUGCCCGUCAAGAAGACCAAGCACCAGGAGGAUCAGGAGGACGUGACCCGGCCGGCCUGGGUGCUCUCUGGAGCCCCGUGGGUCACCAUCGCCUUCGCCAUCGUCCAGAUCAAAGAGAUGAUGAACCUGGCGAAGAGCAGCGGACCGCCACCAGAGAACCAACCACUGCAGGUACCUGAUGAGCCGGCGUCUGCUGAGUAUGUGGCGGUGGUGACGACGCACACAAGUUCAACUGAUGAUGGCACAGAUUCACGGUCGGCCACCUCAGAAUCAGACACACAACCGAACCCCACCCGCCAUAACAAAGACCAAACGCACCCACCCUCAGAGGGGGGAGGGCCUAAAGAAAACCCUGCCUUCACAGCAGAAAACACAGACUGACGUUCUGUUUAGAAACUAUUUAAUUUACUGCAAAAACAUCCAUAUUAACACGUCACUUAGUCUCAAAGUCAGUCUGUGUAAAAGUCUGCUUCCACUGCACUUCUGUCAGCUUCUUGACAAAACACUGUAUUUGUAUAGAGUUAUUGUAAAAAAUGUAAAUGAUCAUGAUGUCCAGAAACAAGUUGUAGAUACUGUUGGAACGGGUUGUUUUUCCAGCAGGGACAAAUGAGGUGCGUUAGGUCCAAGGUGAGCAAAUCCAACUCACCUCGGAGCUCUGUGCACUAUGUUAACUGCCCUUUAACGGUGGAGCGUGAAGGAAAAUCCUUCGAGUGUAAAGAAUGUGCCUCUGAAGUCGUUUGUUGACUUCAUUUACAUAAAGAAAGUGAGGAAAUCUGACAAAAAUUCAACAGUUCGAUUCCACAGUAACGAGCAGCAUUUAGAAGAAGUGACGACAUUAACACAUCAGAUCAAUUUUUAGGAACUGAUCGGGUUUAUCAGGUUAUUUAUCUUUCAUGCAUUUUAAUACAGAGGUUCCCAAUCUUUUGUGCACCACAGAUGGUUUUUAUAUUGACUGAGUCACUGUGCACACUGCUUGUUUAGCUGAUUAAUAUUAGUGACAAAUACAUUGUGUUUCCUGUAACUUCUUCACAAUAAAAGCUGGUGUGUGUUUCACCAGUUGAAGCAGCAGCAG